CCGCCCCCUCAUCCCCAAGUCUCGCGAGAUUUCCCGUCGCUCCCCCUUUACCCCGUGCCGCCAAGCCUCGCGAGAUUUGGGUGACGUCACCCCUAGCAACCAGCGGCGUCCGUCCCUGGCAGCCGCGCGGCCUGCAUGGCGGGCGUGGAGCUCUGCGAGCCCCGGCACCUCUACAACAUCCUCAACCAGCAGCGGCGGCUCCCGCGGCUGGCGGAGCCCGGCUACCUCUGCCUGCUGGACACCCGUACUCAGCGUGAAUAUGACGAGAGCCACAUUAUUACAGCACGCAGGAUCAAACAGAGUCCUACUGGGCAUUAUCUGAUACCGGAUUCUGAGGAGCUGAGGUGUGUCAGGUACUGCGUGGUGUAUGACUGCGAGACCAGCUCCCUGGGUUGCUGUGACUAUGAGGAAGAGGAGAGAGAAAAAGAUGCUGAGGAAGGAACUGCUGUCCAAUAUGCCAGAAGCCUCGAGCAGUUCACCCGCCAUCCUGUGCUCGUCCUGACAGGAGGAUACAAGCGUUUUUCAGCUUGCUAUCAUUUCCUGAGGACUCAGAAGAUCUUGUGGAUGCCUCAGGAACUAGACAACUUCCAGCCAUACCCUGUAGAAAUACUGCCUGCAAAGUUAUACAUGGGGAAUUUCAAGCAGGCCUGUGACCAACAAAUUCAGAAAGAUCUGAAGGUCAAAGCACAAGUCAACGUCUCUGAGCAGCCUGCAAUGCUGUUUACAGAAGAAGGCAAGCUCCUCCAUAUAUCUGUCCCAGAUUCACUUGAAGCAGAUCUUUUUUCUUCCUUUGCCACUAUUUGUGAUUUCAUAGAUGCUCAGCUGGAUAGUGGAGCGGUGCUGGUGUUCUCCAGCCUGGGGAUAAGCCGGAGCAGCACAGUGACCAUGGCCUAUCUUAUGCAUUCCUGCCAGUUUUCCCUGAAGAGAGCUUGGGACUAUAUUCUGAAAUGCAAAACAAACAUGAGACCACACCGGGGCUUUGUGAAGCAGCUCUCAGCCUGGGAGACCCAAAUCUUUGGGGCCACAAUCACAGACAUCUCUGAACCAAAUUACUGAUGAGUGGCACAGAGAGCACCCAGCAGGGAAAGGCACAUCCCUCUGCGAGCCUCCCUGUCAGCAGAAAGUUCCUGGAACUCUGAAAACAGAUCUUGAUGUACUGGAAAGGCUUUUGUCUUCAGCUCCAUGUUAUCUGGGGACAGGAUUCAGAGCCAUAAAGUGACCUCAGCUAUGCUGUAGAAGGUGGCGGCUUGGGGAAAGCAAAUCCUGCAGGAUGUGACCCAUUAUGCCGAGCUUGUCUCUUUUGUAAG